AUUUUUUUUCUAGCGACAGCAGGGACAGAAGGGAAUUGUAAUUGUAUAUUUAUAUUCUGUUUAUUUUAUAGAGUGUUAACUAAGAUACAUAGUUACACGUUGUUUGUGUGGUUAACAUCCUCGUUUUGGUGUUUUCCAAUUAAACACAUUGCUUGACGAUUGCUCUAAAUUUGGAGUAUACUUAGCUAGCAGCUCGUGUACCGAAGAUCGGACAGUUGAUGAAUAUUACUAGUAAAAGCUACCAGCAAGUGUUUCUGGAUUCUCAUAAGAGCCUGACUACUUUGAUAGUUCGCUAGUUAUUUUGGUGUAAAGGGAUGGAAGCGGUCAAUGUGGAAAGUCUCAAGGAGGAGUUAGACCUUUUCGGUAUUGCGAUUUCGGAUGAGGCGGUACUGGAGCGAAUGCAAGAGCAGUGUCUCUGCCAUGGACUGCAGAUCAGCGAGAUCACCGCAGAGUGGAUAGCGUAUAGCACCACCAGGGGAAAAGUGAAUCUCAACCUGGAUGCGCUGGAGCAGUUUGAGCACGAGGUACUCAGAAAGAGAACAAAAAAGCAGAACACAUCUAAGAAGGCAGAACCGAAGAACAUAAUCCGAGAUGUAAACUCACUUCAAGAUCUGAUUGAAGCUGAGGAAGAAGAUGAAAACCUACUGGACUCGUACUCCACCCCAGCCAAGGGGUCUCAGAAACGCGCCCUGACAACCCCAGAGCAUCCUCGUUCAAAGAGGAGUGCAGCACUGAUGACCAGCCCCCGAACGCUCCUCUCACCCGCCAGUUUCUCUCCCAGUGUAACCCCCUCUCAGAAGUACAGCUCACGCGCGGCUCGCGGAGAGGUGGUCUCCACAUUUGGUGUGGUUCAGGGCACCCGCUGGACUGGCCAGAAGAGGAAGGAGCCGCUACGGGUGGAGCUGCUGGAGGGACAGGAGAACUUGCUAAGGAACAGCUACAAGUUCAUGUUCCAGAACCUUCGAGACAUCCGUACCGUCCUGAGUGACAAGGUUGAAGAACUAGGAGAAGAACUGAAGUCCCACUUCAGUAUUGAAGAGUUCUCCUCGGUCUCAGUACCUACACAGGACACACUGACCAUCCUGGGGCGGGUGUGCUGUGACAGCAACGGGAAGCUCAACGCCCAAUCCGUGCAGCUGGAGCCAGGGCAGGAGAGAGGAGGGCGACCGGUGCCUGUGGACCUGUCCGAGCUCAAGGAGUACUCGCUGUUCCCAGGGCAGGUGCUCAUCAUGGAUGCGAUGAACACUGCAGGAAACCGACUGGUUCCCACCAAACUGUAUGAGGGGGUGCCCCUGCCCUUCUAUUCUGUGGAUGAAGAGAAGCAGGACAUGUCAGAAGAGUGUGACCCCAUGAUGGUCAUGGUCGCUUGCGGACCAUACACACCUUCUGACAGCCUGAGCUAUGACCCCCUGAUCGACCUCAUCAGCAUCAUUGUCCGGGACCAGCCAGACAUGUGCAUCCUGUUUGGCCCCUUUGUGGACUCUAAACAUGAGCAGAUCGAGAAAUUCCAACUGACAGAGACAUUUGAAAAUUUAUUCUCCAGAUGUAUGAAGAGUAUAUUAGAGGGAACGAGAGGUCUGAGGUGCCAUUUUGUCUUCGUGCCAUCCCAGAGAGAUGUCCACCACCUGUUUGUUUACCCCCAGCCGCCUUUCACCUCGUCUAAUCUCAGCAAGGAGGACAUGGAGCGCGUCUCCCUGGUGUCUGACCCCUGCACGGUGCUCGUGGAGGGCGUGACCUUCAGCCUCACAUCCACGGACAUUCUCUUCCACAUGGGGGCUGAGGAGAUCAGCAGCGUGUCUGGCUCCGACCGCUUCACACGCAUCCUAAAGCACAUGCUGACACAGAGAAGCUAUUACCCCUUGUACCCUCCAGCAGAGGAGGUCAACCUGGACUAUGAAAAGUUCCAGUAUUAUGGCCAGUUGCCUCUCACGCCUGAUGUGUUGGUUGUACCCUCUGAGUUGCGCUACUUUGUUAAGGAUGUGAUUGGCUGUGUGUGUAUCAAUCCCGGCCGACUGACUAAGGGACAGGUGGGUGGGACUUAUGGAAGGCUGCUCAUAAAACGUUGUCCUCCGCUCGCUGAUGGGAAGAGGCAGAGUCCCUGUUUGGCCUGUCAGGUGGUGAAGAUCUGAUCUGCAUUCUCUCAUUAAUCAAAGUGAUCUUUCGUCCUUGAAAAAGACUGUGUGCUCAUGUUAACAUUGCUAUCUGUGGUCCAUGUGAAGCAUGUGUUGGUGUAAUUUACUAAACUUCCAGCAGUGCUGGUAAACAAUGUUGGCAAAUGUACUUGAAGCCCAUUGGCACACCAGAUAAAGUGUCUUAAAUUUAGUUCUAUAAUGGCACGAUAUUGUAAAAAGAUAUCCAUAUUUAGGAUAUUUUGUAAUUCUGUAGCUUAUUCAAUAAAUUAUUUUCCUAUUUUGCAUAUUUUUUUAUGCAAGUGAUUUCCCUACUUUGAUUUUACGUUUGGUUGGUGCCUUGAAAAUGAAGUCCUUGAUGAAAUUUGCAGCUAAUGAACAGGUAACCUCUUCGAAAUGCAAAUUUUUAUGGUAAGCAAGUCAUACCCUAGACAACACAGAAUAAGUGUAUAUAUACCAAAACUUAACUGUAUAUGUUUCUUUUUCUUCUAUGAUUAAAGUACCCAUCCAUCCA